GGUGCCGGCGAGUCUGGGAAGAGCACCAUUGUCAAACAGAUGAAGAUCAUCCACGAGGAUGGCUACUCAGAGGAGGAGUGCCGGCAGUACAAAGCUGUGGUCUACAGCAACACCAUCCAGUCCAUCAUGGCCAUCAUCAAGGCCAUGGGGAACCUGCAGAUUGACUUUGGAGACUCCUCCAGAGCGGAUGAUGCUCGGCAGCUGUUUGCGCUCUCCUGCACCGCUGAGGAGCAGGGCAUCAUGCCGGAGGACCUGGCCAAUGUCAUCCGGAGGCUGUGGGCUGACAACGGGGUUCAGGCCUGUUUCAACCGCUCCCGAGAGUACCAGCUGAACGACUCUGCUGCCUACUACCUGAAUGACCUGGAGAGGAUAGCCCGUGCCGACUACAUCCCCACCCAGCAGGAUGUGCUGCGCACCAGGGUGAAGACCACUGGCAUCGUAGAGACCCACUUCACCUUCAAGGACCUGCACUUCAAGAUGUUUGACGUGGGUGGCCAGCGCUCGGAGCGGAAGAAGUGGAUCCACUGCUUCGAGGGGGUGACUGCUAUCAUUUUCUGCGUGGCCCUGAGUGCCUAUGACCUGGUCCUGGCUGAAGAUGAGGAGAUGAACCGGAUGCACGAGAGCAUGAAGCUGUUUGACAGCAUCUGCAAUAACAAGUGGUUCACAGACACGUCCAUCAUCCUUUUCCUCAACAAGAAGGACCUCUUUGAGGAGAAGAUCGUGCACAGCUCCCUCACCAUCUGCUUCCCCGAGUACACAGGGGCCAACAAGUAUGACGAGGCAGCCAGCUACAUCCAGAGCAAGUUUGAGGACCUGAACAAGCGGAAGGACACCAAGGAGAUCUACACCCACUUCACCUGCGCCACCGACACCAAGAACGUGCAGUUCGUCUUUGACGCCGUCACCGACGUCAUCAUCAAAAACAACCUGAAGGACUGUGGGCUCUUCUGAGUGUGGCGCUGCCCAGGACCCCCAAAGGAAGGACCACGCCACCCCCCACUCCUGCUUCUCUUUGGAUUCAUCCCUCCGUCCCCACCCCAUUAAGAGACUUUUUGGGUGCCAGCACGGUGGCAAGGCUCAUGUCCCUCCUGCCACCCGCGCUUGCCCCCCACCAUUGUCCUCCUCCUCCUCCUCGCCGGCGUCGCCCUUCCCAGGGAAGACAAGGUUUUAAUCUUGGUUUGUAACCCCUGAACCGCUCCAGCCCCCACUUCAUUCACUCCGAGCCCUGGUGCUCUUCUCACUGUUUACAUUGCAAGUGUUGCUGGCAUGGGGGGCACAGGGUCCCCUCGGGGAUGCCCACCUGGCCACAAACACGACCGAUGACAUUCCUUUUAGUAAACCAGAAAAGAAAGAAGAAAAAAAAAAAAGGAAAAGAAAAAACAACCCAAACCCAAAACCAUGCAAAAAAACCCA